AGAGAUGUUGUGUUGCUCUCCGCUCGGUUCCCAGGACAUGUGUGGGAUGAACCUCGAGUGCAAUUUUGUUUUUUGAAACUUGAGAAAAUGGCGUGUUGAAACUCGGUUUUGUGAAGAGUGGGAAACGUUAUGGAUUGAGGUUUGUCUGUGUCGACUGGUGGAUCUUAGGCGACUGGCAGAAUAAGAAGAUUUUUGUGUUAUGAUAAAAGAAAUGCUGAUUGGACGGACGUCUUGUAAAUCUCUUGAGAAAAAGAUCUGUGCUCGUUAACACACAAAGGAGAGGAGGUCAAGAUACCGUAAGCCUCGACUCGAACAGUUUACAAAGACAAAUACAACUUCCCUUUUCAUCUCCUCGAGCUUAGUAAAGAAGAGGGGGAAGGAAGAGAAGGAGAGAGAGAGAGAGAGCGCAGGAGGAAGGACGAUUGGGAGAGAGCAGGAGGAAGGAAGAGAUAGGAAGAGGAAGAGAUAAACAGGGGAGGAGGAAGAAGGGAGAAAGGAAGAAGAGAGACGAAGAGGAAGAGGUAUAGAGAAGAGAUAAAAGCAGGUGAAAAAACAAAGAUAGAUGAAAAAGAAAGAGAGGAGGGGAAGAGAGACACAUACAGGAAGAAGAGAUGGCAAAGGGGUAAAGAAAAAUAAUAAAUAAAGAUACAGAACGAAAGAGGAUUUGGAAACUAAGCAAACGGAUCUUGUCUCGUCUUCUCCGAAUCCUCCAUUUCUGUGAAAGAUAAAAAGAUAGAAAAAAGGAAAAGCACAAUAUACAAAAGAAAAAGAUAUAUAUAAAUAACACAGAGAAGAACAGAUGUCUAAAAAUCUGUAAAAGUUGUUAUACCUUGCUUGGAUCUGUGCCUUUUGUUUCCAAGCAAACAACUCUACAGCGUUUCUAAAGUAAUAAAUCUGUAGUAAUAAUAAUUUUCAUGACUUAAAUAUAGACCAUGAGAUAACGAACUGUUAGAAAACGGAGUCUUCCCACGAGUCAACGAGGCGCGUGGCGAGAUGGUGAUGAUGUGAGGACGAUAUUGAUGGUGAUGACGUAGAUGGUGAUGAAGGUAUUGAUGGUGGUGGAGGCAUAGUGACGGAGACAUAGACGGUGAAGAUAUAGAUGGUGAUGGAGACAUAGAUGGUGAAGAUAUUGACGGUGAUGGAGACAUAGAUGGUAAUGAAGAUAUUGAUAGUGGUAAAGACAUUGUGAUGGAGACUUAGAUGGUGACGAAGAUAUUGAUGGUGAUGAAGACUUAGAUGGUGAUGGCGACAUAGCUGGUGAUGGAGACAUAGAUGGUGAUGAAGAUAUAGUAUGUGAUGAAGGUUCGUGGAUGGACGUGGGCGACUUCGUGGGCGGUGGUUGGCUUGUGGGCGGCGGUCACGCUGCUCGUCGCCCUCGCCUCGCUGGCUGCCCUUUUCACGCCCACCUGGUUCGUCCGCCACUCGCCCUCGCCGCCCGUGAUGUUCGGAGUGUGGGCGUGGUGCGUGGGCGGCCUCAACGACCAGCGAUGCGCCGCCGUGGGCCAGGGCGUGGCGGGGAGUGAAGGCGCCCUUCCCUCAGCCGUCUGGGUGAUGGUGGGCGCCGUGUACGGGGGGGGAGGCGCCCUCCUCGCCGUCACGGGCCUCGCGGCUCUUCUCACGCCCGUGCUCCCCACCACGCACGCCCGCGCCGCCCUCGCGCACGUGGCGGGGAACAUACAGGCUGCUGCAGUGUCCCUCCAGGCGGUCGGUUUGGUGCUGUAUCCGCUCGGUCUCGGGUCCCCCUUCGCCAGGCUCCAGUGUGGCGAUUCAGCUACGGUCUACGCUGCAGGGAACUGUGAACUGGGGUAUGCCUACAUGCUGGCCCUCGUUGCUACGGCCCUCGCUGCCUACUGCCCCGUGCUGGCCAGAUUGGUCACUUAUAAGGACUAUACGGACUAUUGGUCGAAUUUGAAUUAUAUGUAGAUAAAGGAAAAGGAGGAUUUGUCUCUUUUAAUUCUUGGGGGUGAGAGGAGAUAUGGGUAAAGAAAAUAAGAGUGAAGGGAAGUGAUAUCCUGUUGGAUGUGUGAUGUAAACUUUUUUGGAAAUACGUUCUAGUGAAAGGAAAGGGGAAAAAAGAAAGACAAAUCUCAAGACGUUUCACUGACUGUGAGAUUCGAAGAAAUGGUUAUUCUUAAGUGGAGAGAAAGAGAGAGAAAAAAAACUGCCAGUUGUCUCGAACGGCUCGAAACUUCUCUCCGACUCUCACGGAUGAAGCAUGUCGUGUAUCCUAGUCUUAUUACCUUUCGGGUAUGUUGUAAAUAAACCAUAAUAGUAGAAGUGUACAAUGGCGGCGCGAACCUACAUGAUGUUGACCAUGAGGCCCAACAUCCCAGACGGUUGUGGGUCUCAGCAGUGGAUGUUGUGACUCUACAUAUUGAUUCCUUCCCUCGAUGUGACGUCACCAAGGAGCUGGGGAGUGUUCGCGCAAAAUAGAUAAACGAUGACGUCAUCACGUUCGCGUACUCACAUGCAGGCGAAUGCGUAACAUUAGCAUGGAAAUGAACACUUGCCAUCCUCGCUUGGACGAACGGAUGACGUCAGCAAGUGUGUAUCAGCAUCGUUGUGGUAAAAAAAAACUAAAAUGAAAAUGAGGCUGGUGACCACAGUGACUAAACGUCUCAAGAUAUGAAAAAAAAAAAUCUAUUCUGGAAAAAAAAAAUCUAACCAAAAUCAACUUUCCACGGCAUAAUGUGGCUGUAAAGAUGGAAAUGGCUUUGAAUUCCGUGUUUAUUACGAUCGCUCAACCCGCUUAUGAAAUGCAAAUUGACUCCGAAGACAAGAAAACCCAAAAUGAUCGUCUUUUGCGAAUACAAACAACAUCAAAAGAAUCCUGCAAGUCAACAAUUUCCUAAUGGAGAAAAGAAAAGAGACAAAGCAACUGCUGAUUGCAUUAUUUGCAUUUUUUUCUCUUUUUUUUGAAUGGUAAUAAAAAGACAAAUAAAAUUGAAACUCAUAUUGUUUUAUAUGAUAUUUAGCGUGGCAAAUACUUCGUUGUGUAUUAGAAUUUCAUAGCCACUGCAAGAUAAAGUGUUAGCCAUUCUCAAAUUUCCAGAAAUUAAGAAAUUAUUUUAUGCAUAUCAUGUGAGAAUUCAAAUGUUAUUGAAACAUGAAUUUAUGUAUAUAUGGUGCCCAACAUCCUCACAAAACUACAAUGUAAAACACAUACACUAUAUCAGAUAUGUCAUCGACAGUAAACAACGGCAUAAUCGACAUUUUUUUCCUUCAAUUACAAUCGACAAUUAUACAGCAAGGUCACGCAGAUGGCCUCAAGCAUGUAUGUCUUAAAGAUUUAUUCAUAAAGGUCGUGAUAUUGGGAAUUUUACCCUCAAAAAAAUCUGUAACACAAUAUAGAUGUUGCAGUUUUAGAAAUAUAAUUAAAGAGAAAUUGUAAUUUCAAACGGAUUUAGAUUACAAGAAUUUAUGAUAUAUGCUUCUUAUAGAACAAUAUUGAAAGGCUUGUGCAUGAAAAUAAUACAGUAUACUCAGCUACAGUAUAUAUCUCAGGCAUAAAAAAGUGAAGAUAUCCAAAUGAUAUAUCUAUUUUGUAUAUGCCUUUUGGUGUGUAAUGAGUACUUCAUGUUAUAUAAAAAAGAAGUACGAUAAUAUCUAAAAAAAAAUACAUUUCUUGAACAUUAAGGGGAGAGAAAGGAAUUUAUCUCAUCGGGGCACAGGAGAGAGAAAAAAAAUCGAAAUCACAUAACUUUUUUUUCAAAGACGAAAUCCACCUAACCAAUAAAUCAAUAAAUACAUAAACAGAUAGAUGAAUAAAUCGAGAAAAUAAAUUAAAAACCAUCCUUACAUUUUUGACUUGUGCUUCCGCCUCGCUAAUGCGAAGGGAAGGGAAGAAAAUCCGGUCUUAUAUUUGUGAUCCUAAUGAGCUCAUUAAUGUUACCUCAUGAAUAUUUAAUGACUUUGGACGACAAUAAUUAUCAGGUUGGGGCAUCAAAGAUCGAGAAAGAAAUAGGCUCAUAUAUCCGAAUCUGUUCAUGAGUUCUAGAGAGAAAAGGGAGUUAGAAAUUAUAAUGAAAUUUCAAUUAUUUGAUUAUUAAAUGUGAUAUAUUUUUUCCUGGCUCACAAAAGGGAAAGGAGAGAGUUAAAGAAUUCAGUCUAGGCCCAGUUUAUAUAUAUUUUUAAAACAAUUUCCCUUUCCCUUUCCAGAUUUUAGUUCAGUUAUCAAAUCUAUCGAUAUUUGGCCUUUUUGCAAGCGAUUUUGGGAAAAAAAGGAAAAUGAUAAAUAAAAGGAGAUAAUAAAUCAAGAUAAACUAAAAAGUAUUUUCUUAUUUUAUUUAUUUAAUUAUUAUUAUUAUUAUUAUAUAUAUUUAUUAACGCGUUCCAGGUAAACCAUUAAAAGAUCUAACAAGCAGCUCCUCAGGAAAGAUUCGGAAAAUAUUUUGCGUCUUUGCAGAAAAGCCAUUCGAGAUAUUCAUGACUCUGGCGAUGAUUACAGGUCUUCGGUAGUCAUUUUAGGCUGUUCGAACAUUCUCUCUCACUAUCUAUCUAU